AUGGUAGCCUUUCAACUAAUCCAUGUUGUCUGUUGCAGGUGAACAUCCUGAAAGCAGUAUGAGCCAGAAAGGAUCGACAGGCAGCCACCCUGGCUCUGCAAAUGGCAGCAUGGGUAAAGCAGAUGGUGCUGGCAAAAUGAGUGCAAAAGAUUUAUAUGAACAAAGGAAGAAAUACUCCAACUCAAACACCAUCAUGCAUGAAACGUCGCAGUACCACGUCCAGCACCUGGCUACCUUCAUUAUGGAUAAAAGUGAGGCCAUUGUAACAGUGGACGAUGCCAUCAGGAAGCUCAAACAGCUGAACUCCAAAGAUAAGAUCUGGGCACAAGAAAUGCUGCUGCAGGUGAAUGACAAAUCUAUUCGACUGCUGGACUGUGGAACUCAGGAAGAACUUGAAGAGUUCCUCCUACCAACAGUCCAGCACUGCCAGACUGUGCUGAAUCAGAUGCGAUAUUCCUCCAUCCUCCUGUUGGUGUGUCAAGACUCCGAACAGCACAAGCCUGACAUUCACUUCUUUAACUGUGAUGAAGUAGAGGCAGAGAUGGUUCAUGAGGACAUAGAAAGUGCACUUGCUGACCAUAAGUUUGGAAAGAAGAUACGGCCACAGACCCUCAAGGUGAACCAAGAGAAGAUCAAGCAGAGGCAAUCCAUCCUUCCACCACCUCAAGGGCCUGCACCCAUCCCUUUCCAGGAUGAAACCAGAGGUUUCCCAAAGAACAAUCAGAAUCGUGUGGCCCCUCCAUCCCAGCCAGAAUAUGAUCGACGAAGUAGUAGCUCUCAGGAUUAUGAGGAGUCUCGUGCAGCUUUAGCACAGAAGAUUGAAAAGGAAACGCAAAUACUGAACUGCACCCUUGAUGAUAUUGAGCUCUUCGUGGCCAAGCUUCAAAAAGCAGCAGAGGCAUUCAGGCAACUGAACCAAAGGAAGAAGGGAAAGAAGAACAAGAAGAAAGCGCCAGCAGAGGGAGUUCUGACGCUGCGUGCAAAACCUCCACAAGAGGCUGAGUUUCUUGACUGCUUUCAGAAAAUCAAGCUGGCAUUAAAUCUCCUGGCCAAACUGAAAAAACAUAUUCAGAAUCCAAGUGCUUCAGAAUUAGUCCAUUUCCUGUUUGGACCACUGGAACUGAUUGUUAAUAGCUGUGGAGGCCCUGAAUUUCCAAGGUCUGUCAUCAGUCCACUUCUUUCAAAGGAUACUACAGAUUUUCUGAAAGGGCAUCUAACACCAAAGGAGAUGGCGUUGUGGGAAUCCUUAGGAGAGACUUGGACAAGAUCAAGAGCCGAAUGGCCAAGAGAUGCCAACAUCCCAAGAUACAUUCCGAAGUUUCACAAUGGAUGGGAACCACCCCUGGAAAUCUUUCGUGGGGCUCCAUGGGAAAUUGAUAUUGGCCAUCUGCAAGAAGAGCUGUCAUCACCCAAUGGGUUUUCCAAUCGCCACUUGAAGCCAGUCCAGACUUCAGAACAACGGCAAGGUGUGGAUGCCUUCGCUCAGCAUGUUACUCAACAUGUAAAUAGGAAUUUUGAGGCACAGGCUAUGGCUCAGUCAAAGAGAUAUGCCAAAAUUCUUUACGAUUUCACUGCUCGAAAUGCAACUGAACUGUCCGUGCUGAAAGAUGAAAUUCUGGAGGUGUUGGAAGAUAACAAACAGUGGUGGAAGCUGAAAAACCGAAGUGGUCAGGCUGGUUACGUCCCAUAUAAUAUCUUGGAUCUGGUGAGCCCGGAGGACUUUGCAGCAAUUGAGCAGGGUAAUCAGAAAUACCGAGACUUGAGUCCAAGAGCAACUGGGCCUUCCAGCCCCUCCCAUAAGUUACCUGCUAGCUAUGCUGGAGACAAAUGGGGAAGUGAAAUGGCAGCCCGCAAUUCUUCAGAUGCCAAAGAACAAUUGAUCCAUCACAUGGAUGAGGUCAACGAUGAGCUGCUGAAAAAGAUCACAAAUAUCAAAAUCCAGCCACCUCAAAGGAACUUCAGAGUAGAGAAGACCCAGCAGGUUCACGCGCCCUUGACCUUUGAAUCCAAUGCUGAGGAAGUCAGAGUUUGGCUGGAAGCAAAUUCAUUCAGCAAAGGAACUGUGGACCAUCUUGGCAUAUUGACAGGAGCACAGCUUUUUUCCUUGAACAAAGAAGAAUUGAAAAAAGUAUGUGGAGAAGAAGGUGCUCGGGUAUUUAGCAAAAUCACGGUGCAAAAAUCUAUUCUGGAGAAAAAUAGAGAGAAGUCAGAACUUGAGGAAAUCAUGCAGCGACGCCAAGAGAAGAUUGAUUCUGCUAUUUAAGUUCUUCUGGUUUAUUUCAACUCGUAGUCACAUAUAUAUACUUGCAGGAAAAAAGGGAAAAAAGCAAAAAUAUAAUGGAAUACCUCUUCAAGUGAGACUGCUGGGACUAUCGAUGUAAAUUGCCAUUUAGACCAAUUGUUCCUUCAGCACUGUUGACAAAGGGAAUGCUAAACUCCCUCAUUAAUUUGACACUGCAUUGGGAGAGAAGUUGUAGUAUUGAAUGAAGUAUUAUAUUUUUAUAUCACUCUAUUUUAUACAUAAAUGUUACGUGUAUGAUUUCAGAGCAUGAGGAGGAUCAGAAUUCUGCUCUAAGCAAAGGUUCGAUUGCAGCAAAACAACUCAAAAUCAUCUAUGCAGUAUGUUUUCUCUGUGACCCAUCAAUGCGUUCAGAAUGGGCUGGAAAUACUGAUACAAGCCAAUAAAGCCAUGUGCUUUGAAGACUGCAUGCUCCUAAAUCUUCUGCUACAGUUUGGUACAAAUCACAGUACAAGCUGUAUCUAGCAUGUAGUGGGGAAUCUUCUGCACCACCUUUGUUACAUAUGAAAGCCCAUGUAAGAUUAUCACUAGCAGGCAAGACGUUAACAUUUGCCUAGGGUUUUUUUUCCUAGAAAGAAUUCACUUAACUAUUUUUUGCUUCCAAGCUGCUUUAAAAAAAAAUUACAUGCUAUCAGAAAGGGUCUUGGGAAAACAUCCUGUACUGUAAUGACUAGGGUUCAUCCAAUGGCAAUUUAAUGAUUAACUGCUUCAUUCAUAUUGAAAGUGAUAGCAUUCACUGCUUGCAAGAUCAUCUCUCUCCAUUCUUUGUAAAUGUUUUUGUAAAGGGUUUGGCCACCACUCCCACCAGGACUUGAAUCAACUUGAAUGCUUUGCUCUUGCCCAGGCUUGACCCCACAUACCUCUGUUCUGAUCCUGAUCACAUGAGGCAUCCCUGAUAUUUCAACAGCAAAUCUAAAUAGUUACAAUAUUCAAAUUGUCUUCUGAAAAGGAGUAUCAAGGCAUAUAAAAGAGUGCAUAACUGAACUGGCCCUUAGCCAUGUAUAUAAAAACUUCCACUUCUCACUUAUCAGUAUAAGGAAAUACCUGGUGUUUUUAGAGUCCAAUCCUAUACACAUUUACUCAGAAGUGACCAGCAGCUUGAUUCAUGUGUUCAGAACUAAAGCCUAAUGGGAAGAGCUCCCAGAUUGCUUUGACACUGGAGUCUCUGGCAGAUCCAAAGCUCUGCAUACACAAAUCCAGCAAGGUGGAAGAGAGAAAACAGCAUUUCAUUUUUCUU